AUGAAUGCUUAUUUUCUCAUUACAUUUUAUGCUCUUCUUUCUUUGCUUGCCUCGGGAAUUAGUGCGACAUUGAACAACUCAAGUGGUGAAGCAAAGUGCAUAGAAAGGGAGAGGAAAGCACUUCUCAGCUUCAAACAAGGCAUCACACAUGACUUUGACAUGAUGUCCACUUGGACCAACCAUCACAAUAAUACAGAUUGCUGCAAAUGGAAACACAUUCAGUGCAACCAUCAAACAGGUCAUAUACGUCUACUUAAUCUUAGUUCACAGCGUUUGAGAAGUGUAAUCAAUCUCACUCUAUUGAUUCACUUGACAUAUAUUCAACAUCUUGAUCUCAGCCAUAAUUAUUUUGUACUGCGUUACAUCCCAGAGUUCAUGGGCUCCUUCUCCAACUUAAGAUAUCUCGAUCUCUCCAAUUCUUAUUUUUCAGGGAGGAUUCCUUCUACAUUUGGAAAUCUCUUACAACUACGUUAUCUAAAUCUUGGGGAUAAUUAUCUUUGGGGUGAAAUUCCUAUUCAGAUUGGGAAUCUCAAACACUUACAGUAUCUCGAUCUUGGAGGAUAUUUUCUUUCCGGACAAAUUCCAUAUCAAAUUGGGAAUCUCAGAAAGCUACAAUAUCUCAGUCUUGGAAGUAACACUUUUCUAGACAGAAUGCAUAUGGAAAACUAUAUUUCAGAUUCUCUUUCUCAAGGGAUCCCUUUUCGCAGAGGGAAUCUUCCAUUGUUGCAUGCUCUUCGACUAGUUGGCAAUUUUGAUAUAAAUGCUGAGGAUGCACAGUGGCUGUCUACUCUCCAUUCCUUAACUGUUCUUGAGUUGAGUUCUUUGCAUAGUCUUAAAUCCUCUCCCCAAUGGCUACAAACUAUCGGUAAAAUCAUUCCAAACUUAACAGAGCUUAGACUAGUUGAUUGUAAUCUUCUGGACAAUGAUAUUCAAUCUUUGUUCCAUUCUCAAUCUUCCAACAAUUCCAUUUCUCUUACCAUCCUAGACUUCUCGUUUAAUAUACUAACAUCGUCAACAUUUCCACUCUUGUUAAACUCUAGCCUUCAUCUUCAAGAACUUUAUCUUUCUCACAAUAAUAUAGCUUUGUCACCUUCUCUAUGUCCAAAAUUUUCAUCUCUUAAGAUCUUGGACCUCUCUUAUAAUAAUCUAACAUCAUCAAUGUUUAUGGAGAAUUUUAAUAUCAGCUCUAAACUGCAAGAGCUUCAUCUUGUAAAAUGCAGUAUUAUGGAUAGUAGUUUCCUUGUUUCAUCUAGUUCUACAAUGAAUUCUUUGUCUUCUCUUCUCUACCUUGACCUGUCUGAUAACCUGUUAAAGUCAUGUUCUAUAUUUCAUCGACUUUCUAACAUAACGACCAAUCUUCGUACCCUUUACCUUGAUUAUAACUUGUUGGAUGGUUCUAUUCCAGAUGAAUUUGGAAAAGCGAUGAACUCUCUUGAAAAUCUUUACGUCUCCAAUAGCAAACUACAAGGCAAGGUUCCUUCUUUCUUUGGGAACAUGUGCAGAUUACAGAGAUUAGACCUCUCAAAUAACAGGUUGCAUGGAAAAUUUCCAAACUUUGUGCAAAAUUCUUCAUGGUGCAGCAGACACAUAUUUCGGGUAGUCAACCUAUCUUACAACCAAAUUAGUGGCAUUAUACCCAAGAGCAUCAAACUACUAUCUGAGUUGGAGUUUUUAUCAUUAGAGGGGAAUUCUUUAGAGGGUGAUGUCACUGAAUCUCAUCUUUCCAACUUUUCCAAAUUACUUUCCUUAUACUUAUCACACAACUCUCUCUCUCUAAAAUUUGUCUCUGGUUGGGUUCCUCCUUUUCAAUUAAGGUAUUUGUUUCUUGCAUCUUGCAAGAUAGGUCCGAAUUUUCCUAGUUGGAUUCAAACUCAAAAUUCCUUAAUCCAAUUAGAUAUAUCUGAUAAUGGGCUGAAUGAUUUCGUACCAGAAUGGUUUUGGAACAAGUUGCAAGUUCUGUGCACUUUGAAUAUGUCUCACAAUAAUCUCAUGGGUUCAAUCCCUAAUAUGCAAUUGAAGCUUCGUUUGAGACCAUCUAUAAAUUUAAAUUCAAAUAAAUUUGAAGGAAAAGUUCCAUUAUUUUUGCUACAAGCUUCUGAGUUGUUACUCUCCGCAAAUAAAUUCUCAGAUUUCGUAUGUGUAAAUGUCACAACUACAAGCUUGGCCACUUUAGAUUUAUCAGAUAAUAAAAUAAAGGGGCAACUUCCCGAUUGCUGGAAAUCAGUAAAUGGAUUACUCUUUCUUGAUUUAAGCAGCAAUCAAUUGUCAGGGAAGAUUCCUAUCUCCAUGGGUACCCUUGUCAAAUUGGAAGCUUUGGUUUUACGAAACAAUAAUUUAACGGGCGAAUUGCCUUCCUCUUUGAAGAAUUGCAACAAUUUAAUUAUGUUGGAUGUGAGUCACAAUAUGUUGUCCGGUUCAAUACCAUCAUGGGUUGGAGAAAACAUGCAGCAAUUGAUAAUCUUGAUCAUGCGAGGGAAUCAGUUCUCAGGAGAUAUUCCCCUUCAUCUGUGUUAUUUGAAGCGUAUUCAAUUGUUGGAUCUUUCCAGUAAUAAGAUGUCUCACGGAAUUCCAACUUGCUUAAACAAUUUUACAGCAUUAUCUCAAAAGAGCAUCGACAAAGCUGAAACUGAAAGUCGUGUGCAUUGGUACAAUACUACUUACUAUGAAAUUUAUAAUUUUUUCGGUGCUAGUUAUUAUACGUUUCAUAUAACGUGGAUGUGGAAAGGUAUGGAACGCAGCUUCACACGUCCCGAAUUGAUUCUUCAGAGCAUUGAUCUCUCAUCUAACAACUUAACAGGUGAAAUGCCAAAAGAGAUUACAUACAUGCUUGGGUUAGUUUCUUUGAAUUUAUCAAGAAACAAUUUGAAUGGUGAAAUUCCUUCGGAGAUUGGGAACUUAAGUUUACUAGACUCGCUUGAUCUAUCACGAAACAAUUUCUCUGGAAAAAUUCCUUCUACUCUUUCUAAUAUAGAUCGUCUUGCCAUGUUAGACUUAUCAAAGAACCAUCUCAGUGGAAGAAUUCCGUGGGGAAGACAGUUGCAAACCUUUGAUGCCUCGAGUUUUGAAGGAAAUCUUGAUCUUUGUGGGAAACCACUUGAAAAAAUAUGUCCUGGAGAUGAGACAAUGAUAAAGUCUGAAGGGCCAGAAGAGCAUGAUGAAGAUGAUAAUUCAAUUUUCUAUGGAGCAUUUUACAUGAGCUUGGGGCUAGGGUUCUUCAUAGGCUUCUGGGGCUUAUUGGGUCCAUUACUAUUUUGGCAAUCAUGGAGAGUUGCUUACUUGAAGUUAUUGAAUAGGCUGAUAGACUAUAUACUUGUAGUGACUGAAGUGAAAAUAGCAAAGUUUCAAAGAUGGCUCAAAGACUAG